AUGUAUACCUUCACUGCUGCGUGUUGCGGUAUCCUUGUCGACGAAGGAAAAUUGGAGUGGACAAAGCCGUUGCGGGGCUAUAUCCAGUUCUGCAGUGUAGUGGAUUCUGUCAUCGGUGAAAGGGCAACUGUUCGAGAUGCGCUCUCGCAUAAUACUGGGUUAGCGCAUAUGGAUCUUACAUGGCUGGGGGUGGAGUGCGACUACAUCCUUUAUAAGGAAGUCCUGCUUAAGGUUGUAAGCCAUCUUCCUCCAGUUCAUGACUUACGAAGCGGCUUUCAUUACAAUAACUACAUGUACGCCGUGGCUGGCUCAGUCAUUGAGAAGCAGUCAGGCCAGCCUUGGUACGAGUUCCUGAAGGAGAUGAUCUUAGAACCUCUUGGGAUGCAUCGAACUGUCACAAACCGAACAAAGUUACCAGAUGGCAAUGCCGCAGAACCUUAUGUUGUCCUUGACGACUACUCAUUACACCGGCAAAAGCCAGUUGACACAGCUGCUGAUCAUACUCUAAUGGGAUCGGCUGGAAGUGUUUGGUCCAAUGUAACAGAUAUGAAAUGGGCCAAAGCUCUGCUUGACGGGAUUCACCACGAGCUUUCGGUCCUCAAAGAGAUACCGACAAUCACAUCACACAAAGCCAAUAUCACUACGUCUUCUAUUGGCGAGAAUAUAUACGGCCUUGGGUUUGCUCUCGCGAUAAUUCCAUCAACAGAGCUGGGUAUUCUUUCUCUCAAUGGUCCGCAAAGAGAACACGUAAUUGGUCGAACCUCAAGGCCAAGACUUGCUCUGUAUCAUAAUGGCGGUAUGUCGGGAUAUCUGACAGCUUUCUACCUGUUUCCAGAGACUAAAUCAGCGAUUGUGGCGUUGGGUAAAUCUCAUAGUUUGGGAGAUGGACCGGAUUGGUCUGCGCAAGCUAUUGCACAGGCAAUGUUUUACCUUCAACCAACUAUAGAUUUCGUCGAGGGUUUCGAAGCAGAGGGCUAA